AAAAAUGUCUUCAGAAAUUCCAAAACAGUCAAGUUUAGAAUCUUCCAAAAUAUCUUCAGAUGGAUCACCUCCAAGAGAAGAAAAUUUUAUUGAAUCGUUAAACUCACAAGUGGAUAAAAGCAAUAUAGAAGAAAUAAUUAAAACACAAAAACGAUCGUUAGAACGUUUUGAAAAAACAAAUGAAAUGUUGGGGAAUUGUUGUAUUUUGGCAGAAAAGCGAUUGGAAAAAGCUAAAAAAGAAUUUGCUUCAAAUAAAGAACAAAUAUUGCAAGCAAAACAAGAUUUGGAUUUUAUUUUUAGAAAAAUAUUUAAUUUGAAAAAAAUUUUGGCAAAAGAAUAUCCAAAAGAAUAUGAAGAAGAAGUUGGACGAGGAAAGGAAUAAAAAGAGGUGGAAGGAGAAGAAUUGGAGCGCUGCCGUAAUACCAGCUGCCGAAAUACCAAAAGGUUUCUUCUAGAGAUUGAGCGGGUCUG